CCCCGCCGCGCAUGCGUCCCUGCCGCUGGGCGAGCCGAGCUCCUUCCGUGGACCUGGACAGGUCGGCAGGCGGGCGCGCGCCGGAGGCUGCUGCGGGGCUGGUGGGGCAGAUAUCUUUAUCGGACUGACUGAAACGAAGAUAAUUCUGUGUUGUGUAUAUAUGGAAAAUAAUAAAUAAAGCAAUUAAUAUAAAAAAAUACAGCAGGCACCUCUCAGUAGGACAGGCAGAACUUGGCAGAAGACCUAGGGACUCCUUCCGAUCUCCUGGAGGUGUCAAGAGAAUAGAGAUGGAUGAGCAAGACUCAGCUGGCCCUGAAGCAGGAAGAGGCCUUGCAACCCAACAUGGGAGCAGUGGGGGAUUCUGGGAAUACUCUGUGAAGAAGGAACUGGGUGAGGAGGACACCCCUUCCUCAGCUGUACAGAGCCAGCAGCUCAGGCAGUUCUGCUACCAGGAGGCCAAAGGACCCCGAGAGGUUUGCAGCCAACUCUACCACCUUUGCCGUCAAUGGCUGAAGCCAGAAAGGCACACGAAAGUUGAGAUGCUGGACCUGGUGAUCUUGGAGCAGUUCCUGGCUGUCCUUCCUCCGGAGAUGGAGAGCUGGGUGAGGGAAUGCGGAGCAGAGACCAGUUCCCAGGCAGUGGCCCUGGCUGAAGGUUUCCUCCUGAGUCAGGCAGAGGAGAGGAAGCAGGCAGAGCAGCAGGGGACAGAACUGUUUGCAGAAAUGGGUCUGGAUUUCUCUGAGUCAGAACCGACUCCGUUGGAUACCCGAGAGAGGCCACUGGGUGACAGAACGAUGCCAGCAAGACCUGCUCAACUAUCUCCUCACGAUGGCGGAGGAGAAGCCGCAGCUGGGAAACCAGAUCAGGGUCCAGUGUGCUUUGAAGAUGUAGCUGUCCAUUUCACUGAUGAGGAGUGGGCGUUGCUGGAUCCUGACCAGAGAGCUCUCCAUAAGGAAGUCAUGGAGGAGAAUCGUGGGAUCUUGGACUCUCUUGUUUCAGGUGGUGAUGAAUUGGAAAUGAAGAACAAGGGAGACCGCAACGAAAUCCACACAGUGGAGGAGCCAUAUCAGGAUUCAGACGGUGGAGAGAGCUUCAGUCAGAGCUCCCAUUCCACUUCCCAUCAAAGAAAUCCGCUUGAGAAGAAACCCUAUCAGUGCUUGGAAUGUGGAAAAAGCUUCACCUGGAAACAGAGUUUGGCUGCCCAUCAAAGAAUUCAUACAAAAGAGAAACCCUAUCGCUGCUUGGAGUGUGGAAAGAGCUUCAGUCACAGUCACAAUCUCACUACCCAUCGUAGGAUUCAUACAGGAGAGAAACCUUAUCACUGUGUGGAAUGUGGAAAGAGCUUCAGUCACAGCUCCCAUCUCACUGCACAUCAAAGAAUUCAUACAGGGGAGAAACCAUAUCACUGCUUAGAGUGUGGAAAGAGCUUCAGUCAGAGGGCUAAGCUCACUUCCCAUCAAAGGAUUCAUACAGGGGAGAAACCCUAUCAGUGCUUGGAAUGUGGAAAGAGCUUCAAUCACAGGGCCAAGCUCACUUCCCAUCAAAGGAUUCAUACAGGGGAGAAACCCUAUCAGUGCUUGGAAUGUGGAAAGAGCUUAACUCGGAGUGCCCAUCUCACUUCUCAUCAAAGGAUCCAUACAGGGGAGAAACCCUAUCAGUGCUUGGAAUGUGGAAAGAGCUUCAGGCAAAAAAGCAGUUUUACUUCCCAUCAAAGAAUUCAUACAGGGGAGAAACCCUAUCAGUGCUUGGAAUGUGGAAAGAGCUUCCGUCAAAAAAGCAGUUUCACUUCCCAUCAAAGAAUUCAUACAGGGGAGAAACCCUAUCAGUGCUUGGAAUGUGGAAAGAGCUUCAAUCAGAGGGCCAAGCUCACUUCUCAUCAAAGGAUUCAUACAGGGGAGAAACCCUAUCAGUGCUUGGAUUGUGGAAAGAGCUUCACUCGGAGUGCCCAUCUCACUUCUCAUCAAAGGAUCCAUACAGGGGAGAAACCCUAUCAGUGCGUGGAAUGUGGAAAGAGCUUCAGUCAAAAAACCAGUUUCACUUCCCAUCAAAGAAUUCAUACAGGGGAGAAACCCUGUCAGUGUGUGGAAUGUGGAAAUAGUUUCAGCCAGAGCUCCCAUCUCACUGCACAUCAAAGAAUUCAUACAGGGGAGAAACCAUAUCACUGCUUGGAGUGUGGAAAGAGCUUCAGUCACAGCCACAAUCUUACUUCCCAUCGUAGAAUUCAUACAGGAGAAAACCCCUUUCAGUGCCUGGAAUGUGGAAAGAGCUUCACUCGGAGUACCCAUUUCACUUCCCAUCAAAGAAUUCAUACAGGGGACGAACCCUAUCAGUGUGUGCAAUGUGGAAAGAGCUUCACCAGGAAAGAAUAUCUAACUGUUCAUCAAAGAAUUCAUACAGGGGAGAAACCGUAUCAGUGCUUGGAAUGUGGAAAAAGCUUCACCUGGAAAGAAAGUCUAACUGUCCAUCAGAGAAAUCAUACAGGCGAGAAACCGUAUCAGUGCUUGGAAUGUGGAAAGAGCUUCAGUCACAGCUAUACUCUCACUUCCCAUUGUAGAAUUCAUACAAGGGAGAAACCCUAUCAGUGCGUGGAAUGUGGAAAGAGCUUCAAUCUGAGGGCCCAUCUCACUUCCCAUCAAAGGAUUCAUACAGGGGAGAAACCCUAUCAGUGCAUGGAAUGUGGAAAGAGCUUCAGUCACAGCUACAGUCUGACUUCCCAUCGUAGAAUUCAUACAGGGGAGAAACCCUAUCAGUGCAUGGAAUGUGGAAGGAGCUUCACCAGGAAAGAAAGUCUUACUUCCCAUCAAAGAAUUCAUACAGGAGAAAACCCCUUUCAGUGCCUGGAAUGUGGAAAGAGAUUCAUUAACAGCUCCACACUCACUUCCCAUCAAAGAAUUCAUACAGGGGAGAAACCCUUUAAGUGCUUGGAAUGUGGAAAGAGCUUCACCUGGAAAGAAAAUCUCACUUCCCAUCAAAGGAUUCAUACAGGGAAGAAACCCUUUAAGUGCUUGGAAUGUGGAAAGAGCUUCACCUGGAAAAUAAGUUUCACUUCCCAUCAAAGAAUUCAUACAGGAGAAAACCCCUUUCAGUGCCUGGAAUGUGGAAAGAGCUUCACCAGGAAAGUAGGUCUCACUGCCCAUCAAAAAUUACACACAGUCGAGGAAUCAUAUCAGUGUUAGGAAUGUGGAAAGAGCUUUAGUCAAAAAGGAAAUCUCAUUUCAUCAAAGAAUACAUACAGGGGAGGAAUCAUAUCAAUGCCAAGAGUGUGAUCGGAGGGAUUUAUGAAAGUCUCAUUUUUCAAGUUCUCUAAAAAAAUACAGUUGUAGCUCUUAAAAGGACUUAGAGCUAGCUGAAAACGCUAAAAUCAAGACAGGCUUCGACAAGUUUGUUUCUCUUUGAAGGAAAAUAUUUCUUCUACUCUGAGCCACUUAAAGAGAAUUGGAUUCCUGCAAGACAACCACUCUUAUCUGGACACCUAAAUUGCUAGGUCCUCUUGGACACAUUCUUUCUUUUUUCUGUUUUAUGGUUCCUCUCUUAAAGUAAUUAUUUGGUUUAUUUGUUUAAUUCGAAUCUUAAUUUGAGAAAUUGGAUUUUAUGUUAAACAUCUUAUGUGUGUUGGGUAUCAGGCUGGAAGGAAGAGGGAGGGCUGGAAAAAUGCAGGAAACAGGAUCUCUUGGGAAAGAGUUAUUCUGUGACCUUGACAAACUGAUAAGGUGCUGUUGGAAAAUAGGUUGCUUUGAGAACAAGGGAGAGGGAGAUUUUGAAUAUGGCAGUUCAAAAACAGUUUACACCAGGCCUGUGUUAAAUUUGGAGAAGCUAUUAGCCCGAAUUGAUAAAAAUAAUGAAAUGGAGACAAAUUUGACCACUAAAGUAGAGACACUGACAAAGGAAACAGAAGCACUAGAUGUCUCCAUGAAAGGAAGGGAGGUGAAGUCUGAAAAGCUGGAAAAGAAGACAAAAAAUGGAAAACAGAACAGGAGACGCUUAGGAUUGAUGUGGACGGUUUGGGUGGGAGAUAAGAGGCAAUUGCGGGCGCUUUGGCGGUUCUUGAGAUGAGACAGAAAGCCCAGCCUCUGAGACGGAGAGGAGGGAGGAGAGCAGGAUUUUAGCAAAGGUUUGAGCGGAGUGGCUGGGAGUGGAAGAGGAAUUCAUGGAGGAGGCGCCACUCUCCUCACAGCCGGGGGUGGUGGCUUUUGGGUAGAAAACCAAUGUGAAUAAAUUCCCCCAGUGAAACCCCCUGGCCGGUCUUCCUAUAUUCAGAGUCUUCUUUCCCUGUGCCCCCACCCCGCCCCAAUCAAAGUCCCAGCCAGCAGCUGCCCCCCAGGCCUUCCUCCGCCCAUCUUGGGGCCUCAAGGCAUGCAGGCAGAAUUUGGUGGGGGGCCAGGCUGGGCUCAGAGGUCUGCUUUCCUCUCCUUCCACUGGGAAGCUUGUCUACUAACUAAUGGAUAAAGGGUUGUUUGGAAGACUAAGCCAUCUCUACCCCCCACCCUGUUUUGAAAUAAAGCCAAUUUAAGAAUUGGGGGCACAGAGGAAGGAGAAUGUUAUGUUCUAAGCUUGGAUCCUAGAACAACAGGCAAGUAGGUUCCUAGAAUGCAACAACUGAUUGACUUGCAGGAAAAGACCAAUCAGGCUCCAGGAGGGAAGCAGAAUCAGCCAGUCAGACAGGACUAAUUGUGUAAUUAAUGUAUACAAAAGCCUGAGGUUUGGGGGGCAAUUAAAUCACUGUUUUACAAGCUUCAAUAAAGAGCAUGAAAUCA